AGCAGGUGUAAAAGCACAAGUUGAGAACAUUUAACACAAGAAAAAAGUUUCUCCAAAAGAACUGCUAGUUGUGUUGUGGCUGCAUCACUUACACCAUCCAUUUGUCUGAGCUGUCCUCUUCUGUUCACCACGUCGUCCAAAUGGAGACAAGAACUUUGACUGAAAUGGGGACAAUUCUCUUAAACUCAGAUUUUAUCUGAUCAAAUGAAUGAACAUGAAUCCGUCCUGCUGCAGAGCUGAACAGUGAGACAUUAAAACUACAUCCAAAGAAACACGUCGAACAUUGAUUCAUGAAACAUGCGUCACCAUCUGGAUUCAGAUAAGAUUCUGAUUUUAUACUCCUAUUCAACUCCAGGGUAGAAGCAUUACAUGAGCAAUAUGAACAUGGAGAUGAGCGGAUUAUUAAUGCAGUGUGACUCAGAUAAGGGAAAGUUACUCAAAAUUAUUCAUAUUCUUACUUUGUUGCUCUGUCAGUCUCAUGCAGACUCGUUGCCAUAACAUCAGACAUCGCUGCUGUAUCAUGAUCCGACAACAAAAAACAUAUAAACAUGAAGUCCAUUACAACAGCUUUGAGUUCACUAGCAACCCAUCAGAACCGCCUCAUUACUCUAACACACAACGAGAAAUCUGAUCAAUAACAAAUGAUUGAUAAUGCAAAACAAAAAAUUCCCAUUUUCUAGGAUGAUCUGAAAGUUUUCAGUUUUCAUCAAGAUGGCCGAUUCCUUUUCUUGUUUUCUUUGCAUGUGUUCCUCUCUGCUCUCCACCUGGACAAACGUCUUUUCUUUUCAUCUCCUGCUGGUUCUAACAGGUUGAGGCUCAGUUGCAGUAAAUUUGCUCCUCAUGUUUUUAACAUCUAAAAUCUGCAGUUUCCGUUCCCGGCCUGCAGGGGGCAGCAGCGGCCGCUUGUGGAGCAUAAAGCGGAACUCUUGUGUUUGCCGUGUUUCCUUCGGACGGCUGAUCAGAGGACCGUGAUGCAGUGCGGCUGGCUUCAUUCAGGUCCGCGGCUGUGGCUGCGGUGCGUCCACAGGCAGGUGAUGGUGACGGCGGGAAAGCGGCGGGAGGAGCACCGCGGCUGGCUGCUGACCGUGGACCCGGUCUCCCACAGUGUGGCUCUGGUGAGCUUCGGGGAGGACGGUGCGUCGGUCCGGGUGGUUCUGGGUCACGCCGUGCAACACGUCGAGGUUCUGGAGGAACCGGACCCGGACACGGAGGAGCGGCUCCGCUCUCUCCUCCCGCCUCCGGAGGCCGGUGGCCCGGAUUCAGACGAGCGACGCCGGAGGAGGUCCGGAGUCCGCCGCUGGCUCCAACAGAACCGGGUUCCGGUGGAGGAGGACGGGAACGAUCUUCGGGUCGCCCGUGUUCUGACCAUCCGGGCCCCAUAUCGACCCGACGACUGCAGCAGCGCCAACCAGAUCAUCCUGGACCGGGUCCAGAGACUGCUUCGGGUCCAGCCCGACCAGGUUCCAGAUUCUGAACUGGUUCUGGAGACCGCUCCGGGUCCAGACGGACCCGUUCCACCUGGAACCAGAGACGGAUUAUAAAGGGCAUUGAGACGGAUCCAGAGCGGUUCUGGUUCAGUCUGGAUCCAUUCCUCUUUAACUGGCUGUAGAUGAGCCGUCUGGUACCAAACGGGGUUCUGGAAAUGGGCCCCGCAGUCCGGUGCCUCCGAUGUGCCUGGCUCUUUAAAUCGGAGGCCCGAAGUCCCGCCCCUUCCUGCUGGUUUCCCCCAAUCAGCUGAUCAAGAAUCAGUUCAGUUUGAAUCCUUUCAAACCAAACUGACUUUCCGUUCUGGUUGUGUUUCUCUGGACCUCCUGUUUAAAGUUCUGCAGAACCGGGUCACGGACAAUGCGGACCCGAUUGAGCCAAUAAAUCAGAUUCUACCAUUAA